AAUAUUUUUGUUUGCUUGUUUUGCUUGUUGCCUUUUAAGUCAUUGCCCUCAAAGUCUUGUUUUUGCUUCCUAUCUCUGUUGUCUUCGUAUUUCAUAUUCCACAUUCAUUUUUUCUCCUCCAUAUCUGUCAACGUUCAGUGUGAUUGUGUUUAAAGCUGUGUUUGUUUGGCUGCAUAAUGCACUUGGAGAACCCAGAGACCUGACUGGCUGCUGUUUCUCUCACCUGCUUAUGUUCUUCACUCGUAUGUUAUGUCAAAGGCCUCUGGGUAUUAAACGUCUGGUCCAAGAGGGUUUAGACAGUGGUCCAUUGUAGUAUUUGACCUGAACCCUGACCGCAAAAUAUUUUUCUCACCUAGUAUGUUUACUGAACCAUCGUUUUGUUUAUUCAUAUGUUAAAAUACUGAAGUAGUCUGAGAUCAGCAGAUGAGUGAAAAGCAAUGACGUAUUCUCAUUGUUCUCCAUUCUGCUGUGAAAUUUAGAGCUGGAAAAAUGAAACGAUUGUUUAUCGGUUUGCAAGGCCUGUGUGAUGUAGUGGAAUAACACGCACUAAUGCUUGAUGGUAUUACUCUGAUUCAUUGCUCUCAUUUCCUGUUCGCUUUCCUUUUUUCUAUUUCUUUCCCCCUUUCACCCUCUCCCUCUCUCUCUCUCUUUCUCAAAUUCAGUGUGCAUGAAUAAAACUAUACACACUGUAAAAAAAGUUGGUCCACCUUAAAAAUAUUACUUGACACAACAACUUUUCUGAGUCAACUAAUAUUUUUAAGUUGAACAAACUCAAUUUUUUUUACAGUGCACUUAUAUGUUAUUGGCAAAUCAUUUACAGCUACUCAUUGUACAAAAACUUAAUAUUUACAAACAAAAAUAAAAUGUUUGUUCUGCAAAAUUUAAAAGUGAAAUUAUUUUUCUCUGUGUUCUGUGGACUGUGAGCAAUGAUCGGUGUGAGGGCUCCAUAAUGGAUUUAAAAUGUCUGCUCUCUGGCGCUCCAUUGUGGACAGGCCUGUAUCUGGAAAACAGCCCGAGCUGAAUCUCGCUCAACCUCAGUUGAAAUCUAAACUGUACAGAGCUAAACCGCUCCGCCACGGCUCAGACGGCCUAAACAGAUGUCUCUCUCUGAAUUGUGGGAGCAACCGGACGGUUACGUUCCAACCGGAUUCCACAUUCCAUUUCUCCUUCACCGAGCGUAUCCAUGAGAAGUUACAGUGUUAUGAAGACUGCUCACCAACUCCAGUACUGGACAGCGCCAGCUCACUGGCCCAAGACCUGUCAGAGGAACUUCAGGGACACGGUGUGAGUGGCGAGAUCAGAGAGCUUGUUAAACUACUGUCCAAACCACACGUAAAGAGUUUGUUGGCUGUUCAUGAUAUCGUGGCCAGGAAGAGUUACGAUCCAGAACUUCCUCCUUUGCCAGAUGACAUUGAUGAUGAAGAGGACUCUGUCAAGAUCAUUAGACUGGUCAAGAAUAAAGAGCCUUUGGGUGCUACCAUAAAGAAGGACGAGCACAUGGGUGCGAUCGUAGUGGCGCGCAUCAUGAGGGGCGGAGCAGCAGACAGAAGUGGGCUGAUACAUGUUGGGGAUGUGCUAAAAGAGGUCAACGGCAUUCCUGUAAAUGACAAAAAACCUGAAGAAAUAAUCAGCAUCCUGGCACAGUCACUAGGUGCUAUCACUUUUAAAGUGGUCCCAGGCCUCAAAGAGGAGGCGCCAAACAAGCAUCCCAAGAUGUUUGUGAGGGCACUUUUUGACUAUAAUCCAGCAGAGGAUAAUGCAAUCCCUUGCAAGGAGGCAGGCUUGGUGUUCAGAAAAGGAGAAAUCCUGCAGGUUAUGAGUCAGGACGAUGCCACUUGGUGGCAAGCCAAACAAGAAGGCAAUGGCAACCCACGUGCUGGACUCAUCCCUUCAAAACACUUUCAGGAAAGGAGGAUUGCAGUAUGGAAACCCUUGACUGUCUCGCUGCCACAGAGGACCCCCAGUAAAAGAUUUUCGGGUCUGCGAAGGAGUUUUCGUCUCAGCAGAAGAGAUAAGAAGACAAAUAAAUCCAUGUACGAAAGCAAAAAAAGUGAGCAGUAUGACACAGCUGAUGUGCCCACGUAUGAAGAGGUGACGUCUUACCGCAGAAAACAAGGAGAGAGGCACAGACUUGUCGCUUUAGUCGGUCCUACUGGUGUCGGUUUGAAUGAGCUCAAAAGGAAGCUGUUGAUAUCCGACCCACAACAUUUUAGUGUCACCAUCCCACACACCUCCCGAUCCAAAAGACAAUCUGAAAGUGAUGGAGUGGAGUAUCAUUUCAUCUCCAAAGAUCAUUUUGAGGCCGACAUUCAAAACAACAAGUUUAUUGAACAUGGAGAAUAUAAAGGAAACUAUUAUGGGACGAGCUUUGACUCUGUACGUUCAGUCUUGUCCAAGAACAAAGUGUGCCUUCUAGACGUACAGCCACACACGCUGCGGCAUCUUCGCACGGCUGAGUUUAAGCCCUAUGUGGUAUUUGUGAAGCCUCCAUCCAUCGAGCGCUUAAGAGAAACCAGGAGGAAUGCUAAAGUCGUUUCAGGAAAAGAUGAUAAGAGCUCAUCCAAACCCUUUUCGGAGGAGGACUUCCAGGAGAUGAUCAAUUCCUCUCAGAUAAUGGAAAACCAGUACGGUCACCUCUUUGACAAGGUCAUCGUCAAUGAUGACCUCACAACAGCCUUUAACCAGCUCAAGCAGGCUCUUAGGAAAGUGGAGACAGAACCUCACUGGAUGCCUAUUGGCUGGACUCACUCCUGAAUGGCAGCACACAAGAGAGGACAAAAGAUACAAGGGAACAAGACAUCAGUCAAACGCGGUGGAAAAAAUAAGCGAAGGACUUUUUACGAGCUGUGAAAUAUUUUGAGCUUUUUGUUUUUAUUUUUGGCUAUAGACGGUGACGGGGAUAAUAAUUUUAGAGUUGUCUUAACACGUGAAGUGGUUUAUCUGUUCUUGGAAGACUCAAGCAGAUGCUCAUAGGUUUGUUUUUGUUCGGUCGUGGUGGAUGUAGCAGAAGUGGUGUAAUUACGUUUGGAACGUAAGCAAACGUCCGCUUGUUUAGCAGCUAUAGAGAAUGUGUUUUUCAGACUGCCAAUCAAGUGGUCUGGUGGUCUUGACCGCUCCUUCGCGUAUUUUUAACAUUAGUUUAUAGAAACCAAAGGGAUGAUUAUUAUUUUUCUGAGGUCAAAGUAUGCAUUUUUGUAUCGGAGCCUGUGUGAAAUUUGGGUGGAAGUUCAGAUUUUUUUAAACUGAUUGCUGCUUUGUAACACUAAAGUAAACCACUGGCCUAUACUGUAGCUUCGCUAUUUAAAAUUUAUCUUCAAGCCACACGAUGCUCAGAAGGCCCAAACUGAUUUUAUUUAAAUAGAAAAUUAAUAUAUUUUGAUAAUGUAAAUUUCCAGGUAGUAAAAUAUUCAGUCAAACUCUUUAUAAAAUUAACUGGACUAUAAAAACAAAUUGACAAAAUGUUAUGGUGUUGUAAACAUGUAAACACAGGAAAUACUCACAGUCGCAUGACCUAAGUUUAUCACAUGUGACAGAUGAUGUCUCAAACCCCCUCCACUAUUCAAUGAGGGGCGCUCCACCUUACCAUAGUUCGCCUCUUUUAAAAAGCCUGCCCUCUAUAUCCAGAAUCCUCACCUUGUGGUCAUGUUUUUUUUGUACGUACAUAUAAACUGCUAAAUUAUGUCAAUAAAGUGCCUAUUUUGUUUCUUUUAUAUACAAAUCCCUGCAUUCUGCAUUCAAUCAUUUUUUUUUUACAACUGAAGAUGUUGUUUGGAUGAACAGCAAAACAUUUUGCGAACUUGUUUUUAAAGUCCAGUGAUUUUUAAUAAAGUGUUUGACUGUAUAUAUUUUGAUAUUUCCAUCUUUUUAUCCAAUUCCCAAUUGAGAUUUAUCUUUUAAAGGGACACUCCACUUUUUUUAAAAAUACGCUAAUUUUCCAGCAGCUCCCCCAGAGUUAAACAUUUGAUUUUUACCGUUUUGGAAUCCAUUCAGCUGAUCUCCGGGUCUGGUGCUACCACUUUUAGCAUAGCUUAGCAUAAUCCAUUGAAUCUGACCAUUAGCAUCGCGCUCAAAAAUAACGAAAGAGUUUGGAUAUUUUUCCUAGUUAAAACUUGACUCUUCUGUAGUUACAUCGUAUACUAAGACCGACGGAAAAUUUAAAGUUGAGAUUUUCUAGGCAGAUAUGGCUAGAAGGCGUAGAGAUAUAUAAUGUAGUGCCCGAAAAUAGUCCCCUUAGUAUCUUUCAAUAGUAGGGGACUCUUUUCGGGCAGUGCGUAAAAUCACUACGCCUGCUGCAGUCAUGUUACAGCAGCAAAUUCCUUGAUUAUUACGCCAGAAUGAGAGUAUAGUUCCUAUCUAUAUCGGCAUAGAAAAUUGCAACUUUUAAUUUUCCGUCUGUCUUAGUACACGAUGUAACUACAGAAGAGUCAAGUUUUAAAUAGGAAAAAUAUCAAAACUCUUUGAUAA